UCCAACCGGACAAACUCGCAUAUCUCCUUUCUCUGCUCUCCGUCGCCGUCGCCGUCGCCGUUGCCAUUGCCGUCUCCGCCGCUCUGAUCCGUCGCGCCGUGACGCCUUGUCGAUGCAGUUUUUAAUAUCAAUUUGUUGCUUUCGAGUUAAUCCGAAAAAUACGCACAGUUUGAGACUAUUCUGUUAAAAAAGCGCGACGUGCUUCGAGGCGUUUUGGUUUCAAAAGGCAAGGCAGGAAGCGCUACUCGAUGAUGUUAAGGUUCAAGCCUUUCACUUCAUUUCCUUCUCCAACCCUUAACUGAUUUCUCUUACAAGAAAUGACUUUCAAGAAACUCUAUAAACCACCACUACUAUCCCGUCAACCACCACCACCGUCAACCGCCGGCAACUUCCUCCCCCCGCCCCCACCAAUCGACACCUCACUCACCGUUUCCCCAACCCUCUCACUCACCCCGUCCAACUCAACCACUCAAUCUCAACUCACAAACUUCAUCAACACACACCUCAAAAACAACAACCUCACCCCUAACGACCUCCUCGUAUUCCUCAAAACCCACCUCCACCACCACCCGAAAUUCGCACACCUUGACCUCCACGUCUUCCACCACGCCGCAACCCUCGACUCGUUCCGUCACGACCACUCCACCUACGAAUGGAUGGUUCGAACCCUCGCCAUCACACACCGGUUGGACCCCCUGUUAUCCGUCGUUGAUUUCAUCGUCUCGAACCCUUGCCCGUGCUCCGACGGCAUAUUUUCAUGCAAUCGUACCGAACCCAUCUUUCGUUUCGCGAUAAAUGCGUUUUGUAACGUUGGGAGGCUUGAUGAUGCACGCCAGGUGUUUGAUAAAAUGCGUAAGUUAGUUGACGGCAAACCAAAUGUGGCUAUCUACAACACAAUGAUUCAUAGUUGUGUAAAGUAUGAUAAGUUCGAAAAGGGUUUGGAGUUUUACAAGAGAAUGGUUGAUGAUCGGGUCAAACCUGACGUGAUCACUUUUAACAUAUUGAUUAACGGGUAUUUUCGCAAUUCGAAAUUCGAGUUGGCGUUAGAGGUGUUUAAGGAAAUGCGGGUCAAGGGUUGUGUUCCGAAUGUGGUCACGUUUAAUACUUUAAUCAAAGGGUUCUUUAGAGAAAGAAAGUUUAAAGAAGGAAUUGGAAUGGCGCUCGAGAUGAUCGAAUUGGGAUGCGGUUUAUCAAGCGUAACUUGCGAGAUCUUGAUUAACGGGCUUACGAAAGAAGGGAGGGUUUCCGAAGCGUGUGAUCUCGUUCUCGAUUUUUCACGAAAACGUGUUUUACCGACAAAGUUCGAUUAUUUCGGCUUAAUCGAAAGACUCUGCGAUCAAGGAAACGUGGUUAAAGCAAGAUUAAUCGUAGAUGAGUUAUGGGAAAACGGAAAUGCUCCGAGCGCCAUUACUUGUACUAUCUUGAUCGAAGGUUUACGGAAGAUUAGGAAUGUUGAAUCCGGACAUGAGUUAAUGGAUAAGAUGCUUAAACACGAUAUAGUUCCCGAUGGUGUGACGUUUAAUUGUCUUCUUAGCGAUCUUUGUUAUUCGGGAAGAACAUCGCAGGCGGAUAAGUUAAGGAUGUUGGCUUCCGAAAAAGGGGUGUGUAUUGAUGAAGUGAGUUAUAACAUGUUAGUGUUUGGAUUUACUAAAGAAAAGAAAAGGAAAGAGGGGAAAGCUAUAGUGGAUGAGAUGUUGGAUAAGGAGUUUAUACAUGAUAUUGGUACGUAUAAUAGGUUGAUGAAAGGUCUUGGUGUUAGAUGAUGAAUAUGUUAUGCAGAUUCUUUGUAUACUAAACAACAUAAAUGGGUUUGUAAAUUUAAUAAUUUAUGAGCCGAUUUGGCGCUGUGUUUGAGUUUGAUGAAUCGAGGAGAUCUUGUGGCUCGCUUUUAUCGCAA